AUGGUCAUCUCUACGGGGCAAUACCUCAUCUACCGCACCAGCGUGGACGACAUGCUAGCUCACUUCUACUUUCUCUUUCAAAGUGCUGCCCUGACGUGGCUGUUCCGUUUCGUUAUCUUUUCGUGUCUGCAGUCAGCUUCAUGUACGCAAGAAGUGGGAAGUUCCUCGCUCGUUGACGCUGGCGUGGAAGUCGAAUUGUACGCCUGUGCGUACACCAUCGACCGUGAAGCAGGGAUUUCAGACUGGGAGUUGACAUGCCGGUAA